AUGGAGAUCAAUAUUCAAAUCAAGAAUGCGCAGCCCGAAGACCUGCUGCAGGCGUUUGCAGCAUUGAGCGGUGGAUCAGUAUCCUCGGCACCAUCGGCUGCAACUUCUACUACUGAACAAGGGAGACCGCCUUUGAAAAGAAUCCGCAAAGAAGCUCGAGCCACGACCGCGGCAACAAGGAGAUCCCCGAGCCUAUUGUUCAGUCAAGAAGAGCUCCGGGCACUCCAGGCAGCCAACCCGCAGGGAGUGGUGCAAGACUCUACGGCGGAGGACACCGAGCAGAGUGCAGGGAUCCGGCGCGAAGGCCAAGCGGAAGGCUCAACCGUUUUCUGCAUUCCGCAAGCACGAGGGACGCACCAUGCGAGGUCGCAGCAACUCCAGACCUUCCAGACCGAGGGCGGUUUUAAAAUCCAGAUCGCACACUCCCAAGACAAGAUCCAGAUCUCGCACUCCCAGGACAACAUCCAGAUCUCGCACUCCCAGGCGUCAUCUACGCAAGGGCCUAAGAUUGACCCCACGCUCUACGAGACCCCACGCAUGCCAUCAAAGAUCACAUUCAGCAAGAACAUCAAGCAAUUCCGAGUAAACUGGCGAAACAUUGAGAUCCAGCAGUUCCCCAUACAUGACUCUACCAAGCAGCAUGUGGACGCACUCUGCGCUGCAGCAGAGUUCAGAAUCAACUCCGGAGUUCUCCUGGAGCACGACCUCACGUGGGACCCACCUCUACCAACACGACAAGAAAAGAUCUUGUUCUGGUCGCAUGCAACAGACGUGGGGGCGUUAUGGCAUAUGUUGAAGCAGCGUGACAUGCGUCCGAUGAACGCGCAUGGAGUGGCGGCAUUCGGCUGCAACAUAUUUUAUGCGCUAGGCCACGAGAUGUCUGGGUCGGACAUCGACGAACAUAACCUGACCCGGGUGAUCUUCAACACCACGCGCAGGGCCAAGAACCUGGCAGGCAUCGUCGUGGGCGGACGUGCAUGGGGAUCUCUUCGCAAACACCUUGGCGGGUCCUAUGAAACAGCUCGCGCAGCCACUGAGGAGGAUGAGGUGCUCAAAGAUGCGAAUGCAAAAGCUUAUUGUGGAUCGCAGGACUCGGCAUGGUGGCAGCCAGACAACAGAGGUGCAGCGAGCGCCGCUUCCAGUCAAAGCCAAGGUGAAGGAACAUGGUGGCCACAAACACCUUUGCCGGCAUGGCCACCCUUGCCUCCACCAGCAGCUAGCCCGUCGACGCAAAUCGUGCCACUGCCGCCGCCAAGCACACCUCCAGAAGCCCCAAGCGCAGCAGGCCCACCGACAUCCACGGCAAGAGCUCCACUUCCCAGUCAAUUCAAGGAGGACCCCGAGCACUACGACACCAACCUCGUCUUCAAGUCAACCCUUCGGAAGAACGUGGAGCCAACAGCCUGGAGCCGCGCCAAAGGCCUUGCAGGCAUGGACAUUCGGGACGUCACUGUCGCGCAUCUUUGCAGACAUGGCAUGGAAGAAUUUGGUCUCCGAGGACUUUCCCACGGCAAGUUCACCGGCAUGAUUUUAACCCGCAACAUCGCCGAGAGUGUCUUCCUCUCCCAGCUCCAAAAGAAGCUCCGCGAGAAUAACAUCGAUGUUGUAAAAGAGGCUACAGCCUUCGUGACGCCCCUCGUGGACACCAUCUUCGACGCCAUCAGGCCAUGGGCGCAAGUUCGCAACUAUGCCGCUAAGACCUCCGACCGCGAAGUACAAGCAGACAUCCUUGCCGAGCCCCACAACGUUAUCCGCGCAAGUGGACAAGAGCCGCCGACCAGUAUGACAUCGAUCGCAACCUGGGUCGCGAACCUCAAGAAAAGCCUCCCCCGAGACAAGCACUCGGAGGUAGACAACCACAUACAAUCCAUGCAGACGAUCCUCGAGAAUGCCAAGCACACCAAGGCAGAGCUGCAGGAGAUGGCCACGCGAUGGGGACUCCCAAUAUCCCUCGCUACAGCGCCAAAGGCAUCGCCCAAGAACCUCCAGCAGCUGAUUGCGGCUGUCACCUACCUCGCUGUGCUGGCAAAGAGCAUUUUGGCCAUGAUUCCUGACGACUACAUCACACACAACGAAGACCACGCCAACGCACACCUCAUGGUCUAUUGCCCCACCAUCUACAACCAAGCCGCCUACAACACCUGGAUGGACAAGCAGACAUUCCGAAUAUUAGACAAGGACCCGGAGGAGAUCAAACAGGACAUGCAGAGCAACACCCCCAAGGUAGUCGCAAAGCACUACGCCAAGCUCCUCGCCUACGAAAAGCCCCUGUCGUAUGGGUAUAUACUCAUGAAACGGAAAAAGCGAUGGGCCACGGGGAGGACCAUAAUCGCGUAUAGCAAUACGUGCAUCGGCAAAUUGCUGAAGAUCGCGGCCUUAGCGUUACAACAGAUGUUGAGGAUAACCUGGCCCAACCAUUUCGGCGACGUCAGCUCGCCACAACUUUGGGAGGAAAUACACCAGCUCUUCAACAACAACGAGCACCUGUACCCGGAGCGCCACUUGAAAUUUCUCAAUCACGAUUUGGUCGGAUUCUUUAAUUCGAUACCACAAUCCGACAUUCUUCAGAGCAUCCACUUCCUCACGUCCCAGUUCCUUGACGACCACAACCCCACCAUCACCGUCGACCCGCACAACAAGAUCGUGCAAGCCGAACACAUACCAGCCAUCAUUCAGUUCAGCUUUGACGCCUGCGCUUUCACAGCCAUUGGGGAGGUCCGGGAGGUCUUCCAGCAGACUUGCGGCACGUCUAUGGGAAACCAAAUCAGUCCCAUCCUUUCUACGUGCGCAGUAGUGGCCACAGAAAUCACAUGGCUACGAAUGUACGGCCAGUUUGUCAGCAGCGCCCACUUCUAUGACAAAUUCUGGAUUCGCAGGUACGUCGACAACAGAGCCAUCAUCGUGGAUGAAGAAGAGCUCCAGAACAAUCCAUAUAUCCAACAGCUGGCGUCGUUUACGACUCAGUGGAUACCACAGCAGAAAGCACCUUAUUCGAACCAUUGCCUACCCAGCAGACGUAGCCGGGUUAAGAAGUGCAAAAAGCAGCGUGCCAAUGCCGCCGGAAAUGCCAUAGUCCUGACCGACAUCGACACGGACUCUGAAGCUAUGGAAUACACGGUCAGACUACCACAUGGGCUACCGCUGGACAUGAAUGCACCCGUACACUCAGUGGCCAAGGAUGACCCGGUGGAGCAAGAAUGUGAACUACUCCUUCAGCAAAGAUACAUUCCAUUUGAAGUUUUCCCAUGGCUCUCCACAAAGCUCAACUCAGAAUUCCUUCGAGCAUCUGCGCUCACCCGAGCAGGCAGACGAGCAACAGCCUAUACAGUUGGCACAUACUACCACGCGGGCAGCAUCGGAGUACGUACUAACACAAGGCAGAGACCAUGGACGGCAGCUACACUGGCAUACAUGGUGCGAGCAUGCACUCACACGACGUUUUCAACGGUGUCCCUAUUGCGCAACAUACACAUGCGCACUCAUCGAGACAAGUACAACAAGCCAGGAAGCCUCAAUGUCGUGAUCCCAGUAUCAGCCUUUCGACAAGGACACCUAUGGAUAGAAGAAGACAAUGGACCAGAUCUUUCUCCGAAUGGGCAACAUCGCGGACGUAACAUUGAGCUCAAGUUGCCCGGGGUUGAGUUCAGCCCAUUCAAACUCCACGGCACAUGUCCAUGGAAAUCAGAUCGAUUGAUCAUCUCAGCCUACACCACCAAUCGCAUCGAGGACAUAUGCAGCGAAGACAAACGAUACCUCCACCAGCUCGGCUUCAACCUUGCCUAA